AUGAUGACAACAUAUUUUCUUGUCAAAAUUCUCGUCAUCGUGUCGUGUGCUUCGUAUACAAAUGGAGUUUCGAGUGCUCAAAAGUCUUGUCCAAUGCCUCCAAAAUUCAAAACUAAUUUUGAUUAUAAUUGGCAAUCGAAAGAUCAUGAAUGGAGCAACACGAACACUCGACCCGAUUAUUUCCUAUUCAGUCUCUCCUGGUCGCCCACUUUCUGUUCAACCCUUUCGGAUUCGGCACGUAAUCGAGAAUUUCAAUGUUCACGUGCUGAUCAAUUUGGUUUAAUCGUUCAUGGACUUUGGCCAUCGAAAUUCGAUCCUAAAUCGCCUCUUGACAUGCCUCGAAAUUGUCGAAAUGAUCAGCAACUUCCAAUCUCACUGAUCAAAAGAUUUUAUUGUCUUAUGCCUGACGAAGAUCUCAUGCAAGCAGAAUGGGAAAAGCAUGGCACGUGUUACUUUAAAACACCUACGGAUUAUUUCACUAAAAUAGAAUAUCUUUAUAACCAAUUGACUAUUCCGGACAUUCAAGCAAUGAAAAAUCCGACAUAUCAAUCCAUCAAAAGUGCAUUUUUGAAACUGAAUUCACCGGAUUUGUUCGCCUCUGCUAUUUAUGUUCGUACGGAUAGCCAAGGUCAACUGAUUGAAGUUCGCUUCUGUUAUGAUCUUUACUUUCGCUAUACCAGUUGUUAUCAAUAG